CUCCAGCUCGCUGGGCUGCAGCAGCCGGUCUCUCGCGCUCUCUUCUCUCUCAAGUUUCCUAUCUGCUCAAGAUCGGAGCCUGGGCAGGAAAAGCCCCAGGUCUGCUCGGGGCUGCAGAGCUGCAAUGAAGAUAAAAUCGAACAUCGACAGCAUGCAGUUACUGCUUUUUGUUUUCUUGAUGUGGGACCCAAUCAGGUUGGUGCUGGCGAACAUCCAAGAAGAUGGGCCAGAAAACAACAUCACCAUUUUUACAAGAAUUCUAGACAGACUCCUGGAUGGUUAUGAUAACCGGCUUAGACCGGGACUCGGAGACAGUAUUACUGAAGUCUUCACCAACAUCUACGUGACCAGUUUUGGCCCUGUCUCAGAUACAGAUAUGGAGUAUACAAUAGAUGUGUUCUUCCGACAAAAGUGGAAAGAUGAAAGGUUAAAAUUUAAAGGUCCUAUGAAUAUCCUUCGACUUAACAAUUUAAUGGCUAGCAAAAUCUGGACUCCAGACACCUUCUUUCACAAUGGGAAAAAAUCGGUGGCUCAUAACAUGACAAUGCCCAAUAAGCUUCUUAGAAUCCAGGACGAUGGGACACUGCUGUACACAAUGAGGCUUACAGUUCAAGCUGAAUGUCCAAUGCAUUUGGAGGAUUUUCCAAUGGAUGCUCAUUCAUGCCCUCUGAAAUUUGGCAGCUAUGCAUAUACAACCUCAGAGGUCACUUAUAUUUGGACUUACAAUGCAUCUGAUUCAGUACAAGUUGCUCCUGAUGGCUCCAGGUUAAAUCAGUAUGACCUGUUGGGCCAAUCAAUUGGGAAGGAGACAAUUAAGUCCAGUACAGGUGAAUAUACCGUAAUGACAGCUCAUUUCCACUUGAAAAGAAAAAUUGGGUAUUUUGUGAUUCAGACGUAUCUGCCUUGCAUCAUGACUGUCAUUCUCUCCCAAGUGUCAUUCUGGCUUAACAGAGAAUCUGUGCCUGCAAGGACAGUAUUUGGCAACUCAGAUUUACUCAUUGUUAAAUUCCAAGAAAAGAAAUCUCCAGUUAGUACAUCCCCUUCAAUAAAAACUGAAGGCAUUACAUUAACAUACAACUCAGUGAAGGCAAUUCUUCAAGGAUCUAAGCUAAUAUGGUCUAAAUAUAUAGCUUUCUCAUGGCCCAGUUUAAUCCAAGGAAAGACUUUAGAGUACUUAGAGAAGUGGAUGGACUGUAUAACCUUCAAAGGAUUUUCUAAAAAAGAGAAAGCCUCCGUCAUGAUCCAGAACAACGCCUAUGCAGUGGCUGUGGCCAAUUAUGCCCCGAAUCUUUCAAAAGACCCAGUUCUCUCCACCAUCUCCAAGAGCGCAGCCACGCCAGAACCCAACAAGAAGCCGGAGAACAAGCCAGCCGAAGCCAAGAAAACCUUCAACAGUGUUAGCAAAAUUGACAGAAUGUCUAGAAUAGUCUUCCCAGUUUUGUUUGGUACCUUUAAUCUGGUUUACUGGGCUACGUAUUUAAACAGGGAGCCUGUGUUAGGGGUCAGUCCUUGAGCGUCGGCACAGGUUAACUUUGGGAUGUGUAGCACCAUGAAGCUCGGUUUGUUUUGCUCUGUACAGUCUGACUAAUAACUGCUAAUUGGUGAACCAACAUGUACAGUAUGUAUAUAGCGAUAUAGCUUAACCGUACACCUUUCAAGGAGACAUGAAUUUGCUACUGCGUGGAACUGUAGGCAGAAAGUACCUCGUGCCCAAAUCAUGACUUACCCUAGGAACUGGCUUAAGAUGGAUUUCAGACGACCUGAUUUAUUUCCUCUUGUAACAGCGAUGAAACUGGAGACCCCCCUCUACCACACUCGAUGAACUUUUUUUUGACUUGGGUCUUAUAUAGAAGUGUUUUUCUACUGUUGCUUAACUGUAAUGUAAGAUAACAUUGUAAUUCCAGGAUCAAUUCUUCUAAAUAACGGAACCUCAUAUCAGCAACUUCAGUCCCUUCUUGGGUGUUCAGAAUCCCUCCUAGCAUAAUUGGAAGCUUAGCACACAUUAGAAGGAACACUAGAGAUUUGACAUCAGCUUUUAAUUCCUCUCUAUAGUAUCUAUAGCCAUGUACAUAUUAUAGCAUGACAAGCCCAAAUAAUUAUGAGUAACACCGAUCUGGAUGCCUAGAAUUUAGUGACUCUCAGAAUGCCAUGGUCAUUACAUUUUCAGCAUCAGAGUUUAUUUGAAAGUCAUAAUGGAAAUCCUCAUGGUCAUUUUAAUCAUUGGCAACUCUCUUAAAUUGUUUGAAAAAGUAAAAUAAAAAUGUGUCUUACUCUUUCCAGGUAUGUGUUGUUUUGAAAUUGAUCAGUUCAAUUUUCUCGGUGCUGGAGACUGGAAAAAGCACCCCAUUGGCUGCUGUGGAGCAGCUUUCAUAUGAGAGUAGAAAAUUGUGCCAGAAACUCCCACCACUGAGAACUCACAGGUGUCACAGAAUGUAGAUAUGUAGGUGAACACGUACAUGAUUCUCUUCUUUCCUGUUUACUGCAAAUUCUGCCUUAAGGCUUCUUUUCAUCAGGACUCAGAAGCCACCAAUUACAAUGGAAAGGGCAGUGAGUUGGCACAUUUCUUGUCUUGAAAGCAGCACUCUCAGAUAAGAAUUCAACGUAAAUCUGCUUUUGUAAAUUGCAACUUUAAAUUUCACUGACUCAAAUUUACAACAGCUUUGUAUACCGGGAGAGGUUUUGGUAAGAGUUGAACAUUUUUAAACUGCAACUUCAAAGCGUCACCAAGAUCGCAAAUCAGUUCAUACGCACACACAUAACACACACACACACACACAAGUAGCUACCUUAGAACACAUACACAAACAAGUGGCUAAAUUAAAAACUAAAUUUUUCUACUUUAUAUAAUUAUUUAUGGAUGAAUUUUAUUUUUCUUCUAAUAUUAAAAAAAAUACUCUUUAUGCCCCUCAAAAAUGUUAAUAGAAGGUAACAAUUGUGUCUUAUGCCUGGAUUCAAUGUUUUUGGCAAACUUAAAAUCCUUUUGAUUCACAUACACAUUAGCAGUUAUUAGUUGACUUUUACUAGUAGUUAUGAUGGUGUUUUUGUAGCAACAUCAGUAGUCAAAUAGUGGCAUUUCUUGCAAUUUUGUACAGUAUUUCAGAAUAGUGCAUAAAUAGAUACAUUCAUAAAAUCAGUAAAAUUAUUAUCUUAUUGAAGUAAGCAAAGGCACAAAAACUGCUAUCCCUUUGCCUAGUCUAAAAUGUUUCUUGUUUUCUUCGUUUUAGUGUGGUUUUUAUUAUGUGCUUUGCAUGGUUAUCUUAUUACCAAGGUCACAAAUGCAUCUCUUUAACAGAAUUCACCCUGAAGACAGCCUUGACAGUAAACAGUCCCUCACAAAGUGUAAUCUAUCAUCUAGGAUAAAAAAAGAGUAAUAUGCUAAUUAGACUGGAUGUCCCUCCAGAAGACCUUCUGGAUGAAGUCAGGGCUGCAAGGGAAGCCCGGGUCC